GAGACGUCAACAUCCAGAUAUACUAUAGCUGAAAAAGGGACUUGCUACUUCAGUUUCAAAGAAGAUGGCUUGGUCCACUGUUGUGAAACUCUGCUUGAUCGUCGUUUUGUGCUUCACAGUCGUCGACUACGUCAACGCACAGGGACGUACUGGUAGCAGCAGCGGCAACAGCAAUUUGAAACUGAAGGAAGAAGUGGAGUUCCUCAAAGCGAACCUGAGCGCCCUAUGGGACAUUGUUUCAGCGCUGCAAACCCGAGCGGCCGAGGAACGCCAAGACGAAUCGGAAGAGCUUGUCGUCAGCUUGGGACUGAAAAGAAAAGAAGCAUGGGGUCCUAAUAUGAAAAACAUUUUCGAUUCACAGAUACGCGUACGACCACAAGACGAAACGAAGAGCUAUCCAGCCGUGUCGGCAGCCUAUUUGCUCUUCCGACGCAAAGACUACAGUACGUGGAGAAGGGUUAAAAAUACGGACGAACUUUACUUUUGGCAUCGAGGAACGACAUUAAUGUUACAUCUACUAAAGCCAGACGGUAGUGUCCAGCAAGUGAAAUUAGGAGACCCCAUUCAGGACCCAGACGCAAACCCGCAAAUAAUUAUCGCCGUUGGAUCGUGGGUAGCAGCAGAUCUAGAAGAUAAGCUUAGCUACUGCCUCAUCAGUGUUGUUCAAGCACCAGGGUUUGACGCGUCUAAAGCUGAAGUGGGUCAACCUGAAAUGUUGAUAUCACGUUACCCUCAGUCCGAGACGCUCAUCAACCGCUUGGCUCCACCCCGCCAACUGCCGGCGACAACAACCGAUGUGACCGAGGAUGAGUGAUGCCCUCCCCCCUCCUCCCUUCCGAUAUUCUGGUUUUAACUCGAAACUUUUUUGACCCUUUCCCCCCAGUGUUGUUAUUCCUCGUCCCUCCAUCAGCUAAUCCUUCUGCCAAUUUUAUGCGUGCCUAAUUGUAAUUGUAUUCUUUUUCGAGGAACAAUAAUUAAAAAAUUAGAUUGCA